ACGCUGGUUAAUCAGUUGUCAAAAGACUUGUAUCACCGCAUACACACGGUGCAUACGUCGUCCUCCGCGGACUAACCUAACCGAAGCGAGUACCGCUGCGAGUACUUACUCCGCUUGUGGAAGCGGUUUCGCGUACACGUCAAGCUUGUUCACUGGGAGCAUCGACUCGAAAUGGCUUGGAAUCGCGGCUUCAAAAGGUUGAUGCAAGGCGAGGGCGCCAUGAAGAACACCGUGUUAAUCGCUCUGGCUGAAACGAUUGGGACCUCCAUUCUGGUGUUCGUAGGUUGCAUGGGUUGCGUUGGUAGCCUCGGUGUGAUACCUUCGCAUUUUCAAAUCGCCUUAACCUUUGGCCUGGCCGUGAUGAUCGUCAUUCAGUGCGUCGGACAUAUCAGCACGGCUCACGUUAACCCCGCCAUUACAGUAGGAUCAGUAGUACUUGGAAUAAAAACUAUCCCAGAAGGAUUAGUCUACCUGAUAUCCCAGACAAUAGGUGCGAUCAUAGGAUUCGGAAUGUUGAAGAUGGUGACCCCAGUAGGCCGCCUGACCAGCAAGACCGAGAACGAGCUGGCUAUGUUCUGCGUGACGGACCUGCACGCGGACCUGAGCGCCAUUCAGGGCCUUCUGCUCGAAGGCAUAUCCACAGGAAUACUGAUGCUUGUCGCGUGUGCCGUGUGGGACACCAGAAACGCGAGAAACACCGACUCGGUGCCACUCAGAUUCGGUCUGACAGUGGCUGCGUUGGCUCUCGCGUUUGGCCCUUACACGGGCUGCAGUAUGAACCCAGUUAGGUCGUUGGCACCGGCUGUGUGGAACAAUCAGUGGUCGCAUCACUGGAUCUACUGGUUCGGGCCCAUCGGUGGUGCCCUUUUGUCCUCCAUAAUCUACAAGACUCUCUUCGGAGUGAAGCAAGAAGUCCAGGAAGAGCCUGCGGCGGAAACUGUCGCGCUUAACAGCGUGGACACUCAGAAGGUGGAGCCAUGAGCCAAGAGUGGAGCGAACCCAUCAAGAGUGGUGAACCGGAAGCGUCCAGGGUGUGGGUCGAUCGACACUUUCUUCGUGGAACCACCAGAGAUUAAGCAUCUAACGGCGCUUCCCAAGCUCAACACGGACGAUCUGGAUGGAUCUUAAUGAGCUUUGAGACGCGAUAUGCGAUCACUUGGCUUUAGGUCAUCGCGUACCGCCACCACGGACCUUCUUUCGUCCUCAUUUCGUCGAACGAUCCACGAAAUCGCAAGACCUCAAUACCUCAUGUACCUCAGAGAAGUCGUUCGUUGCCACCAAGCUUUGUUCCAGCGCCGACCAGCGCCAUCUUGUUAAGGAAACGACGCGUAUAGGUUAUGUGCAUUCACUUGAACCCAUUCCAGCGGUUCUCAGCCUCGAGUCUCGACCUGCAUGUAGGAUUUAUUGUUGACUAAUACGUCUGGUUGAGAACCGCGACGUUUCAUCGUUGAUUCUAUUCUUUGUUUUUCUUUUUUUUUUUUGUUUGUUCAUUCGAUCGUCGAUCAUUGUUGUAAUACUCGGCUAGCCUGUCAUCGAUUGUCAGCGACCAAAGGAUUCUCUGAUUGUCAUUGUACAUACACGAUUGUUACGAUAAACUUUUUACAGAUGCGUUUACUCAUGACCAUAGAGACACACAGUCAAAUGAAAACCAGCGAAUUUUUUCGAAUUUUUUCUCCCCUUUUGUCCGACCCUUGUACAUACUGCACUGAUGUAUCAUUUUUUUUCUUUUUCCUAUUGUGGGUGAACGACCGAUAUACCAGCGUGGCGAAGAUACAUAUGUGAUUUACAAAGUUACAAGAGAAAGAUAUUAAUAAAAGAAACACCGUUUGUUAUUCUCAUUCAUUAGGAUCGAUAGAAAUUUGAAAUGUUAUAUUCCGCGGUAGUUGUUAAUCUGUCGAAUUUUUCGCGAACGCAAAUUCAAUCCCCCCUCUACGAUUCAACUUCCUUUUUCCCUAGGAAAAAUAAAGCGCGCGAAAGAGAAAAGGGUGGAAUAUCGGAGCAA